CAUCACAAACAUUUUUAAAUUUAUCAUUUGGUCUUUCUGGUCCUUUCUCCCUAUCGUUUUUUUUUCCCCUGGGGAUCAAACUCAGGACCUUACACUUGUAAGGCAAGUACGGCGCCUCUGCCUUUCUCCCUAUUCUUAAUGGGAGGGAAGAAAGGAAGACAUAAGGCUGGGCUCCCUCUCAGGAAAAAGAAGCAAAAAUAGCUAUCCUGUAGUUGUUCUGCCUUGAAAACUGCUUACAGUUUCAGGAACUUGGGGGCAAGGCUGGUGCCAAAAAAGGGAAAGGCCGGGAAACCCAGUGGGGGCACAGGUAACCUCUGCCAAGCACACUGGCCAGCUCCUGCAAGCUGGCCCACUCCGUCCCCUCUGGGAGCCACACUCACUUUCCUUCCUGAAGCCAGACUCCCUCCCACUAAAGUAAGCCCUGGCCAGGGCCACUUCCGAACCUGAAGUCUUGAGAAAGGAAAUGCAUCCUGUCCCUCUGGCUCCUGGGAAACUCUUCGGCUGGCUAGAUUCCUAGUAGAUUGGGCUGGAGGUCUGGGAUCCUGGGAACCAUGAGGAGAAAGUAUCUGGAGUCUGGCUGGUAGAUCUCCAUGGUGAUCGGUUCCAGCCCCUCUCUGGCUAGUUCCAAGGAUGUGCCUGUGUUUUCUGCCACCCAGAACUGAGCUGAGUCUCAAGCUGGUGAGUGUUGAGAGUAUGAGGCUCUGGCCUCCACUCUGGCCUCAUCUGUGAUCACUUCCACCACAGUGGAGCCUUCCAAGCCCACCUCCUGCCGAGUGGUGAUCUACCUGCAGCGGGAGAUGUCUGGGGACACCUGUUUGUGCCCAGCCUCGGGGGCCAAGCCCAAGCUAAGCAGCUUCAAGGGAGGAGGGCUGGGCAACAAGUACGUGCAGCUCAAUGUGGGCGGCUCCCUGUACUACACCACUGUGCGGGCGCUCACCCGGCAUGACACCAUGUUGAAGGCCAUGUUCAGCGGGCGCAUGGAGGUGCUGACCGACAAAGAAGGCUGGAUCCUUAUAGACCGAUGUGGAAAGCACUUUGGCACCAUUUUGAAUUACCUCCGGGAUGACACCAUCACCCUCCCUCAAAACCGGCAAGAAAUCAAGGAACUGAUGGCUGAAGCAAAAUAUUACCUCAUUCAGGGGCUGGUGAACAUGUGCCAGACUGCCCUGCAGGACAAGAAGGACUCCUACCAGCCUGUGUGCAACAUCCCCAUCAUCACGUCCCUGAGGGAGGAGGAUAGGCUCAUUGAAUCCUCUACCAAGCCUGUGGUGAAGCUGCUGUACAACAGAAGCAACAACAAGUACUCCUACACCAGCAACUCUGACGACCACCUGCUGAAAAACAUCGAGCUAUUUGAUAAGCUGUCCCUGCGCUUCAAUGGCCGCGUGCUCUUCAUCAAGGAUGUCAUCGGCGACGAGAUCUGCUGCUGGUCCUUUUAUGGCCAGGGCCGCAAGCUAGCAGAGGUGUGCUGCACCUCCAUCGUGUAUGCCACAGAGAAGAAGCAGACCAAGGUGGAAUUCCCAGAGGCCAGAAUCUAUGAGGAGACACUCAAUGUCCUACUUUAUGAGACCCCUCGAGUUCCUGACAACUCUUUAUUGGAAGCCACAAGUCGGAGCCGCAGCCAAGCUUCCCCUAGUGAAGAUGAAGAGGCCUUUGAACUGCGGGACCGAGUGCGCCGCAUCCACGUCAAGCGCUAUAGCACGUACGAUGACCGGCAACUUGGCCACCAGUCUGCCCAUCGAGACUGACGAGACCUUCAGGGAGUUCAGGCACAGGAGGCCCUGUCUCCCAUCCUGUGGCGCCCUAUCCCACACUGCUGCUGGCUGGGUAUCUGGCUCCAGUACCCAAAGGCAUGACAGGCCUUGCCUGGGAGGUCAGAGGGCCUUGACGGGAGGGGCUGUUUUCCCUUGUCCUGGCUCCAAGCACUUCCAGAUCCAUCUCCCUUUCUGCAAGACAGGAGCUGCUUCUGCUCUGGGGUGAAUGGACUGACCUCCCACCUCCUGCUAAGAACAUUCCCUUAGGCCCUUUGAUAAGCGCCCGCUUCCUCAGUUAAGGCCCAUGGGAAGCUUUAUUCUGGUUGGGGGAGGCAGCUUUUGGUGCUGUGGAAGCCCAGUCUAGCAGAAGAAGGGCUUCUUUUUUGCCUAAGGUGUUUAAGCACAGGUUUGAUGAUUUUUUUAAAAAAUAAUCUAGGAAAUUGUUUUAAAUCUAAUAAAGGGUCUGGACAUUUCUGCUACCCCUGCAGAGUGACAGAGCCCUGUGUAAGGCAGACCCUUCGGCCUUUCUUGAUGCCUCCGGGAUCUGUCUUUAAAGCACUUUGUACUGUUAUUCAGGAAAUCUGUAAUUUGCCCUGACCAAUGUCUUAUGAUCCUAAUCCCCUCUUGUAGAAUCAAUUUGAAUAAGGGGAUAAAGAGGAAGCAAUAAAAAAAUCCUCAAAACCAGCCAGCUUGGCUUUGUCAGCCUGGCCAGCCAGCCCAGAGAGCAUCAAGAAAGGAAGGAGGCAAAAGCUGGGACCUGUGGUGUUAACAGCAUCCUGUGAGAAGACAUUUCCAUCUCACCCCGACAGCUUAGAGGGCCUAGCAGGAUUUUCUUUUUGAUUCUGGUCCUUGAGGGCAUGCUGUCCUCACAUACCAUAAAGCCAGAGGAUGGCAUAGGGGCCUGGAGGCAGGCACCAGUGCUGGCCUAUGCUCCUAAUGGUAUGUGUAGAAAUGGCCAAGGCUUGUCCACCUGUCUGCCCACCCUGACAUCCACGUUAUCAGUUCGUAUCCUACUAGGGAAGGUGGUUGUGCUCAAUGCGGAGUCUCAGGCAGUGUCCAUACAACCUAGGCCCUUGAAGACCUUCAUUCCCACUUGCUAGGUUAUUUGGCCAUGGAGAUGCCACACAUCAGCCAGGGUGGAGUUCCCACUCAGGACCUUGGUUUUUAUCCCCUUUGUUUGGCUUGGCCCAGCAGGCAGCUUGUCUAAAUUCUUUCCAGAGGAAUGCUGUCAGGGAGAGAGCUGUUCUACUAGCCUAACAAAGCAGUGUGGCCGUGUCCAGUCCCACUCUCAGGAUGGAACACAGCUUGCCAGGCUCUUCCCUCAGCUAUUAAGUUUGUUAAGUGGCUGCUCACAGCACACCUGAGUCUAUGGGCAAAUAUCAGGCUCAGCAUUGGACACUCACAGGGACCUGAAGAGACAUGAUGGGGCAAGGCAAUGUGACUUACUAAUCAGGCAUUUUUUAUUAGUCAUAAUCUUGAAUGUAUAAAUAGCUCUCAGGUCAGACAUUGGUAACCAGCUACUAGUCUUAGCCCUCAC